CUGCAAGUCCAUGAAGGUACCGCCCUGUCACGUGAUUGAGGGAAUCAUGGCGUCCUCCCGGAGGCGGCUGCUGUGUGUUCGCUCCGGGGCGCUCAGCCUCUUAUUUUACUGCGUUUAUUCGCACCUGCAGCUGGUCCUGAGCGAGGAGGCGGAGAACUGCCAGAACCUGAGACUCGGACAAUAUAAAUGCAACGAUCCAAAGAUCGAUGAAUCCACUCAGGAGCCAGAGAACUGCAGGGACAUGACGGCGUGGGUGGAAUGCCUCCCAGCUCCAAACAUCAGCUGUCGGCUCUCCAACGGGACGGUGUUCAGGUUUAGCGGGGACGAGGUCGGCUUCAACAAAUCCAUCCCCUGCAGAAAUGUGAGUGGUUAUUCCUACAAAGUGGCCGUGGCAUUGUCUCUGUUUCUGGGCUGGCUCGGAGCAGAUCGCUUCUACCUGGGAUAUCCUGCUCUGGGACUGUUGAAGUUCUGCACUGUUGGUUUCUGUGGGAUUGGCACACUCAUCGACUUCAUAUUGAUCGCCAUGCAGAUCGUGGGUCCAGCGGACGGAUCAAACUACAUUGUGGAUUAUUACGGCGCCCGUCUGACCCGUCUGUCCAUCACCAACGAGACUUUCAGGAAGCCACAUCACUCUCUGUGAGCUCACCUGGACGCUGCCUGCAUCUCCAUCAGUGCAAUAAAUUCAGACCUGCUGUGAAGAAAUCCCUCCUCAUCUUCAGUCACAGUCUGUUUGAAUCUAUUCAAUGGUCGCUCAGAGUCAUCCU